AGACCGAGUCGCCCGCCGCCGCGCUCGCGGCCGCCCGGCGCAGGGACCUCCAGCGGCGCUUCGGGGAGGAGAUCGGCGCCCUGGGGGACGAGCAGCUGGCGGCCCUCGUCGAGGCCGAGGUCGAGUACAAGAAGGCGGCCGAGGAGGCGGCCAAGGCGAUCGAGGACGCUGCCCUGGAGAUACGCCUCCAAGCUCUGGAGGCUGGCGCGGAGCAGGCUGCCGCACGGUCGGGGUCCCCCGAGGCGGGCUCGUCGAAGGAGGACUCGGCGGAGAGGAAGGACAAGCCGAUGCCCAUGAUGAGGAUGUUCCAGGGCAUGGAGCUGGAGAAGAAGCUGGAGAGCGCGGUGAAGCGGAGCAUCGCGGUGGAGUCCACCUACCUGCGGAAGGCGUCUGCGGCGCUCGACGGCCCCGGGGCGACCGAGGAGCGGAAGGGCCUCUACCGCCUGGUCACCGAGCGUCCCUUCACCUGGGACCCGAAGGUGGCUCCGCUCGAGCUGCCUCGCUACGUGCGCGCCAAGGGGGGUCCCGUCGACCCCAGGGGCAGCCUCUCCGACCCGGCCGCCGCCUCCAGCGGGCACGCCGGCGGCGAGCCGCCCGUGUGGUACGUGCUGGAGUUCUUCGGGGACAUCCAGGCCUCGCAGGUGGAGCAGCUGCGCCAGGAGGUGACGGCGGUGGUGGGCAGCGCGAACCCCUCGCGCGGCGACGGCGUCGUGCUGGUGCUGAACUCCGGCGGCGGCACCGUGACGGGCUACGGCCUCGCCGCGGCGCAGCUGAUGCGCCUGAAGGCCGCGGGCCUGAAGCUAACCAUCUGCGUGGAGCAGGUCGCAGCCUCGGGCGGCUACAUGAUGGCCUGCGUCGCAGACCGCCUGGUCGCGGCGCCCUUCGCCGUGCUGGGCUCCAUCGGGGUCAUCACGGACAUCCCCAACGUGUACGACCGCCUGAAGAACGAGGGCAUCGAGUUCCAGACCGUCACGGCCGGGAAGUAUAAGCGCACGCUGACGCCGACCAAGAAGGUGACCCCCGAGGACAUGAAGAAGACCAAAGACGACAUCGAGGCGAUCUUCCAGCUCUUCCGGGGCUUCGUGGGGGAGCACCGGCCCCAGCUGGACCUGGACGCCGUGGCCACGGGGGAGACCUGGUUCGGGAAGGACGCGCUGGAGCGCAAGCUGGUGGACGAGCUGAAGGCGACGGACGACGUGCUGCUCGACCUGCGGCGCGAGGGCGCGGACAUCCUCUACGUGAAGUACCAGCCGCAGGCGAAGAGCCCGCUGGGCCAGCUGCUGUCGGCUCAGGCCGGCGGCGCCGCCCCGCAGCCCGAGGGCGGCGGCGCGCUGGCGUGGUGGGCCGGGCGCCUCUUCGAGUUCGCCACCGGGUCGCCGCCGGGCUCGCUCGGGCAGCUAGGCCAGGGCUCGCUGGCGAGCCCAGACCAGGUGUACAGGGCGCAGGACUUCUCCGCGGAGCGGUACCGGUGACGCGCCC